CGAAAUUCUCUUAUCAGCUCCCAUGUGUGACCUCUUUGGCUGCUCAGCUGUUUUUUGUUGACUGAACUUUAGCUUUUACGACUUAAGAAGUGUUAACUUGUGGCAAGUAGUUAAAAGAUGCUUUAAUUUCCAAAAAUAACAAUGGGAAACGCUGGAAGUGCUAGCGGUAGAGAUCGUCAGAAAUCAGGAAAUCAUGAACCCCAUUCUCCAACUAAAGAUGAACAAGCUUUUGUUUUUGAUAAAAAACGUGAAACCAACUUAGUUUACCAAUCUUCUCAUGAUGAUGAAGAACCAUAUUUCACCAAAGGUGAUGAUAGUAACGGUGUUCAAAAUGAACAAGAUUAUAAUAACAUCCCUCGUCAAAGAUCGGCAACCGUGUCAGAAGGUACUCAGGUCACCGACCAAGUUUUUCCAACUGUUUUUAAAUGGGAUGGAGGUGGAAAACAAGUUCUCAUCAGUGGAACGUUUUCUAAUUGGAAAACUAUCCCCAUGGUCAAAAGCCAUGGAGAUUUUGUAACUAUCAUAGAUCUUCCGGAAGGAGAUCAUCAAUACAAGUUCUAUGUAGAUGGAGAAUGGAAGCAUGAUCCAGCAUCAAAAGUGGUGGAAAAUGGCAUGGGAUCAAAAAAUAACUUAAUAGCUGUGAAAAAUACAGAUUUUGAAGUUUUCCAAGCAUUGGCAAUGGACAGUGAAGGUGGAUCUUCUAACCAGCAAAGUGAAUAUUGUCAAGAAAUACCGCCAAUGAAACCUUGGGAAAAACCAGUAGGUCCCCCCAUUUUGCCACCGCAUCUUCUGCAAGUUAUCUUAAACAAGGACACACCGAUUUCAUGUGAGCCUACUCUUUUACCUGAACCAAAUCAUGUAAUGUUAAACCAUCUUUAUGCUUUGUCAAUUAAAGAUGGUGUUAUGGUGUUGAGUGCUACUCAUCGGUAUAGGAAAAAAUAUGUUACUACAUUGCUUUAUAAGCCUAUAUGAGGUACAAUACAUUACUUUUUUUUUUUCUUUUUUAUAUUUGUGAUGUUAACUAGAUAAUUUAUUUUAAGUUAAGUUUUAAUGUUUUAAGUAAUUACCAAAUAUUUAUACAAAAAAUUAAAAUUUAUAGCUAGCUGGUUUGGGUCAGUGACUUUAUGUUCUAUUUUAUUAGUAUUGUGCAUAAUUAAGACUAAUAUUGAUUAGCUAUAAUUAAUACAUUUAUGAAUUAUAUUUUAAGUCAAUUAUUGUAAACAAAAUUAAAUGUUCAAAUAAUCUUCAUCUUU